UGAACAUCUUUCAAAAGGGGAAAAAUAACAAUGUCUUUUAUAUUUUGAUAAUGAUUAUCGUUAAAAUUUCGUCUUAGUAUUGGUAACAAUAAUCUUUUGUAAAGUAACCUUAUCUAUUAUGUUCAUUAAUAAUUAUUUCUAAAAUGUUUACCAAAUGCUUUAUGUCGUCAAUGUUAAAUAAUUCCCGAUAUUUACUACGAUCUAGGAUAUAUUCAACGAAAAAUGCAAUUACACCGAAUGAGGGAGUCCUUCUGAGUGAAACCUGUGUGAAGAGACUGAAAGAGCUAUGUACUGAUAAGAUCUUUUUGAGAUUAUGCGUAGAAAGCGGGGGCUGUUCAGGCUUCCAGUAUAAAUUUCAUCUAGAUGACCAGCUAUCAAAUGAAGAUAAGAUCUUUGAAAGAGAAGGUGUUAAGUUAGUGAUUGAUGAGACAUCAUUGGACUACAUCAAGGGUUCAACUAUUGACUACCAUACAGAAUUAAUUAGAUCUGCUUUUAGAGUUGUGCAGAAUCCAAAUGCAGACAUUGGUUGCUCAUGUGGCGCCAGUUUUUCCAUCAAAAUUGAUUAGACUUAAUAUGUCAUAAUUCUAAUACCUGUACAAAUGUAAUAUAUAGCUCUAGACUAGGUUUUUAUUAUAUAGUGAAAUCUUUAUUC